CAACUCUUCGACGCGCUGCACUGUAAACCAGACCCACAAAAUUACCCCUUGACAGCUGUUUGACGUACAGAACCAGUUUGACAGCGAAAAAAUUCAUUGAUUUUUUCGGAAACCAAAAGUGUCCCCAGGAACGAACAAACGACGACGACGCAAACAAAUUCUCGAAAAGGUUCCAUUUCUACGGCCGACCACGGACUAGGGUCGGUACAAGAAUCUCCCGAACGUUUGUCGCUCGUUGGCACCGUGUUGUAGGUUGAACAAAAGGUUCGCUCCUUCGUUCCGUGCCCGGUGCAAACGACCAAGGCGCAACUUGCACCACACUUGGCUGAUUGUGAACACUGGUGGUGUUUGUGUGUGUCCACUGCAGGUUUUCACAUUUUCGUAUCGAUUCCUUUCUACAGCAACUGCAUCCACUUCGUCCCGAUUGGUCCCAAUGCUUGUGAACGAUGAUCGAAAAGUUGCCAUUUAGGACAACCUUUCUAGUUGUGACACGAAAAGCAACGAUGAGUGUGCUGAAGAGAUGAAGUGUUUUCCCGGUAGCAAUAAUAGCCAAGAACGACCUGCACGGGUUGUUGUAGUCGGUGAAAACAAGGGACGACAAAAGCUACGGAUGUCCAGUGUGUUGGCGCUGGAUCCGCACGGACGACGAUUGCAUUUCACUGGACGAAUUUGGUCGCCCGGGCGGCCGGGGCAAGGUUUCGCUUCGACCGCAGCAACCCGCUGACGGCGAUGAUGAUGGCCAACAAUAAUUCCGGUGAAGUGAAGGCAGCACCGGGCGGCACCGCCAGCGACGGUGCCGGCGACGAUGGGGGUGACAGUGCCAGUGCCGGGGGGGACAACAGUGAGGUGAAUAUCCGCCGCGGGCUGGAUGUGAUACAGAGCAUGAUCGAUAUAUCGGCGGAUCGGCUCGAGGGCUUGCGGACGCAGUGCGCCACGAGCGCCGAGUUGACGCAGCAGGAAAUCCGAACGCUCGAAACGAAGCUGGUGAAGCUGUUUUCCGAUCUGUUGAUUACGAAAUCGAAGCUACCGGAGCGGUUGCCCGCUCGGGGUCUUCCCGCAACCGGAAACGAACUCAAGCAAUGGCUCAGAGUUGUUGGUCUGAGCUGUGCAUCACUUAAUGCUGUGAUACAACAGGUCACCACGCUGGAAGGACUGCUCGAGAAGGACGAGAAGGAGCUGCGGACAAUCAUGGGCAAUAACGUGUACGUCCGAGAGGAGGAAAUCAAGCGGCUGACGCGCGCCUGCGGCAACCUCAGACGGUGCCGCAAACAUCUCGAACUUCCCGCAACUGACGGUGGUGGCCGCAAGGGCACGGAACCGCACGAUCUCUUUUGGGAUUCCUGGGACCGUCAGCCGGCCUGCCAUCGAACGUCACCUCGCGUCAACCGGUCGCUGGGCAAAGCAACCACCAAGCAUAGUGCCGUCGCCUCCGGAAGCUAUCAUAAUCAGCGCCACAAUAACGGCCCAACAGGCGGGGAAGCGCACAAUGUUUUGCAGCAAGCGUCACCGGCCACCCUCACGACCGCCAGCACCAGCCCACAGACGGAGGAAAGCAUGCCGCCGGCAACCCAGCACGAAGGCACGUUGCUGAAUCCACAGCAUGCCAUCUCGCCGGAUGAGGCGUCCACCAGUGGCUGCACACCUUCCCCAUCGCCACCGAACUCGCCCUCGAACGUGCUGCUGCACAACAAGCAAAAUCGUCGAGGCUUUCCCACGACACCUCCGCCGAGGAAGAAACACCAGACGGCGCUUCUGUCGUACGCAUCCACUUCCUCCUGCACUCCGGCAACAGCGGCGGUAUCAUCGUCCACCGUCUCUACGAUGGCAGGCACGAACAACACCACCAUUACGACAAGUUCCGGUUCUUGCUCCGCGGCCGAGUCUGGCACGGCGCUAACGAAAUCAAAGUCACACGAAUCACAAUUUGGAACCCAGCAGGGUAAUGGAGGAGGAGGAGGUGGAGCAGGAGGUGGUGGUAGUGGUGGCGCCGGUGUUAUCAGUGGAACCAACAACAACAACAGCCAUGCCAAUAACAACAAUAGCAUUAACCACAUCAACAACAACAUUCCAUCGACGGUGGUUUCGCUUGGCGAGGGUUCUCUAACAACAACCACCAGUGCGGGCAUGCUUGCCGGUAGUACCAGCAACGGUUCUGGCGGUACGUUCGUUUCCCAGCAGCAGCAACGGUUGAUGGGGAACGGGAGUGCGAAUCGUAUGGGCACCUUUCCUCGCAGUCGGCUACACACCGAACCUACCAUCACGGGGAGUGGCGGUGGUGGUGGUGGUGGUGGAACCAGCAACGUCCUCAGCACCAGCGGUGAACAUCACCAUCAUCACCAUCCGCAGCAUCAUCAUCAGCAAACCCAAUACCAUCAUCAUUAUCAUCAUCACCUGCAGCAGCAACAGCAAGGCGGACCCGGCAGCGGUACCGGGAUGUCGCCGGACACUGGUGGAGAGUACGGUGGAACCGGCGAUCCAGGUGUACCACCACAUCCGACCGGUGGCGUUGGUGUUAUGAUAACAUCAGCCACCACGUCCGCCGUACCGCCGAAAUCACCCUGCACGCCAAUCAUCACGCGCGGCAUGGGCCACAUGAUACAGCAUCGGUUUACGAAGAAAUUCAAAGUCACCAAAAGCACUUGCGACCUGUGCAACAAGCAGAUGUUCUUCGGCUUCAAGUGUACCGAGUGUAAGUACCGGUGCCACAAGGACUGCAAGUCAAACGUGCCACCUUCCUGCGGUCUGCCGCCGGAGUUUGUGGACGAAUUUAAAAAAUCGCUCCAAUCGGACACGCUGCUGCCGACAAGCGUUUCGCCUAACAUUGGCCGCAGCGGUGGUUCGGUUGGCGGUGGCAUCAUGUAUGGUGGCGGUCGGGGCGACGGUAGCAAGUCGGGAAUGGUUCGUGGACCGAUGCACGCGAUACACGCGUGCGGUGGCGGUCCGGACAGCAGUUCGGCCGGGUCCAGCUGCAACAGUUCGUCACCCUCCAGUCCGGCUCUGCUCUCGUUGCCACCGCAGACACCCGCCACAUCCAAGUAUUCGCAAUUCAACUUUCCCGAGGUACCGAGCGGCGGUGGUGGUGGAGGUACCGGUUCGAUGAUGAUGAUGAACUACUCGUCGUCGAGCACAGGCGGAACGAUGGCAAUGAGUGGCGGAAGUGAACGAAGCGGUGGCGGAGGCAUUACGAUCGAAACACAUCCAAUCGGUGGCCCCGGUAGUGGUCCGUGCGGGCUUGGUGGUAGUCUCGGUAGCAGCGGAAUCUACACGAUGGACACCAGCGUCGAAAUACCGAAGCUGCAGUUCUCCGACAUUCCCGAUCAUAACGUGCCCGGUGGCGGUGAAGACAAAACCGGCUCUGCCAGUGCAACGAGCACUGAUUCGUCCUCCGAUCGCACGCCGAUACGGCUCGAUUCGACAGAGGAGCGUGACCAUGAGAGUAGUUGGCCGCGGCAAAACUCCCUCUCGCUGAAGGAGUGGGACAUACCGUACGAUGAUCUGCAUCUGAAGGAAAAAAUCGGCAACGGACGGUUCGGUACGGUGCAUCGGGCGCUCUGGCAUGGUGAUGUGGCCGUGAAGCUGCUGAAGGAAGAUUACGUGGCCGACGAACGUACGCUGGAAGCGUUCAAGCUCGAGGUCGCUACGUUUAAGAAGACGCGUCACGAAAAUGUGGUACUGUUCAUGGGCGCCUGCAUGAAGCCGCCACGGCUCGCUAUCGUCACAUCGCUCUGCAAGGGCAAUACGCUCUUCACCCACAUCCAUCUGCGUAAGGACAAGUUCAACCUGAACCGCACCACGCUCGUGGCGCAACAGAUCUCGCAAGGCAUGGGCUACCUGCACGCACGCGGCAUCGUCCACAAGGACCUGAAGACGAAGAACAUCUUCCUCGAGAACGGCAAGGUGAUCAUUACCGACUUUGGCCUAUUCAGUGCCACCAAGCUGUUGUACUGCGAUCUCGGUCUCGGCAUUCCGGGCGGUUGGCUGUGCUAUCUGGCGCCGGAACUGAUGCGCAACCUAACGCCGUACCGACCGGUGGAGGGUGAUCUUCCUUUCUCGAAGGCGUCAGACAUCUACGCCUUCGGUACGGUUUGGUAUGAGCUGCUGUGCGGUGAGUUCCCGUUCAAAUCACAGCCGGCCGAAUCGAUCAUCUGGCAGGUGGGACGCGGCAUGAAGCAAACGCUGGCCAACUUGCAGGCAUCGCGCGAUGUUAAGGAUAUAUUGAUACAGUGCUGGAGCUACCAUUCGGACGAUAGGCCCGAUUUUGCCAAAUUGCUGGCGCAGCUGGAACGACUGCCGAAGAAAAGGCUUGCCCGAUCACCUUCGCACCCGGUGCAGCUGUCCCGUUCAGCGGAAUCAGUCUUCUAGGCAUGGUUCCCAAUACCAUCUGGUGAAAGUUCGUAAAACCAAGUACGAAUACACAGCUACCGGUUCCGGAUGAUCUUCAACAAACGGCAACAUCUAACCCCACACACACACACCAUUGCCCCGUGCUGGUUCGCUGCUUCAUUUGAUUUGAUUAUGCAAUCAAAGGUAGAAUGAGGACACCGAAACACGGACGCUUUGAAUGUGUCGAGAUUAUUAUACAGACAAAACUAAAUAAAUAUAGGGACACGCGAGUGUAUUAAGGAUAAGCAAGAUAGGCAGAGUUGCAGUGUUACGGUAGGAAACUCGCAAAUGGUUCCGAUAGUCGAAAUUAAGAAAAGAGAAUUAAGGAACAACCAAGGACAAGACGAUUAAAGUGACGAUGUUAGAAACAAAAGAGAGGGGAAAAAGAACGUGAAAUGGACAACAUAAGAACAAAUUAAUCACAUCAUUGGAUCAGAGUUGUAAUCUAAAAUAGCUUCAAAGUUGAAUAAAGUGUGACAAAAAUACUACGAAACAAUGAAA